AUGGGAUUCAACAGAGGAAAGCUCGUAGCAGUGUUGGUCGGGCUGCGUGUCUGUCUGAUGUUUCAUAAUGUUUCUCUGCCGAUUAUGGAACGCCAUAAAGUGGGGCACAAACUACUUGAUGAAGGCACACGUCACCAGACGUGCUUUACGGAGAGUUUGGGGAUGCUGAUUGUGACCAUGCUUGGCAAAAUGGUUUGGGCGGCUGCAUGGCUUCAUCGUGCCAGUGGAUCGAAGGCUUAUUUAGAUUACCUGGCCCAAAAUAGUCCCAACGGCCAGAGAUCUUCCUUCUCCUGGGAUGAUAAGUAUGUUGAUGCCCAGAUUCUUGUUGUCAAGAAGAUCCAUCACAGAAGAACGUCCAUUGUAUCGGUGAAGAAGGAUCCGUCUCCGAUGACGUGCAAGGGCGGAUAUGAACAGUGGUUUAACCAGAACGAAGCUAACCCUAAUGUGUUGGAGGAGGUACUGCUCGGCCCUGACUCCAGUGAUCACUAUGACGAUUCGAGGUCUGACUACCAACUAGCAGAGCCCACCACUAUCACUAAUGCCCCUAUGGUCGGAGUUUUUGCUUUUCUUGCUUAG